GCCACCUCACCCGCAGCGGAAUGGAAACCGGUUCGACAGGUAACAAAUAGGUGGGUUGUCACCGUUAUUUCUCAACGCAUGCGCCAUCGCUCUCUCGGCCACUCCAAGCUAAUUAGAUCAGAUCAACACCCCUACCCCACCCCCGCCCGAGCCACCAACACAUACCGCCGCGAGCCAAUAAAGCGUGAACCCGUCCGUCCAGCUCGCACUUGAAGACUUCUCGAGCAGCCGCGGGGACGCCAGUCGAGCCAAGAGACGCUCACUUGGCGCUUCUCCGGUCCUGGUGCACCUGGCCGCACCCGCUCUGUGGGCACCGGUGAUCUUCGGCGGAGUUGGGAACACUCUUUUCUCAGAACGUGGGCACGUCUCUGUGACUCCUUCUUUGAAUUGUCCCUAUUCCCGCGCCUCAGCCCCGAUCCAGUGGGAGAAAAAGUGGGAGGACCACCGGGACUCGACUUACGGGAGCCAACCGCGCCUGGCUUGGAGGAAUCGAAGAUGCCCCGCGCGUUCCUAGUGAAGAAACCAUGCGUCUCCACGUGCAAGCGGAACUGGAGCGAGCUCCCGGACGAAGAGCGCGGCGAGAUCUACGUGCCAGUCAGCCUGGGCUUCUGCCCACCACAGCCCUACCAGGAACCAGAGCCAUCAGUGGCCGAACCCCCUUCUUGCCCCCUGGCCUUGGACAUGAGCCUUCGGGACUCCAGUUAUAGUAUGGCCCCAGGACCCUGCGUGGUGGCCCAGCUGCCCUCUGAAGAUGUGAGCCACCUGACAGAUUCCCAGAGCAGAGACCAGGGGUUCCUACGAACCAAGAUAAAGGUGACCUUGGGGGACAGUCCAAACGGAGACCUGUUUACCUGUCACAUCUGCCAGAAGGCCUUCACCUACCAGCGCAUGCUAAACCGACACAUGAAGUGCCACAAUGACGUCAAGAGACACCUCUGCACAUACUGCGGGAAGGGCUUCAAUGACACCUUUGACCUCAAGAGACAUGUCCGAACCCACACCGGUGUACGGCCCUACAAGUGCAGCCUGUGCGACAAGGCCUUCACGCAGCGCUGCUCUCUGGAGUCUCACCUCAAGAAGAUCCACGGUGUGCAGCAGAAGUACGCAUACAAGGAGCGCCGGGCCAAGCUCUACGUUUGUGAGGAGUGUGGCUGCACGUCCGAGAGCCAGGAGGGUCAUGUCCUGCACCUCAAGGAACACCACCCCGAUAGUCCACUGCUGCGCAAGACCUCCAAGAAAGUGGCUGUUGCUCUGCAGAACACAGUCACUUCCCUGCUGCAGAGCAGCCCCCACCUCUGAGCAGCGCAGGCCCCAGGGAGGACCAAGAUCCCUUCCUGCAGCCUCUUGCCAGCAC